UCAUCGUUGUCUAAUUUAUGUGCGUUAACCGUGAUGAUGGAUUUUAUUAUUUCCUUCGGCUACUAAUAAUUUUAAGUGACAGCUCAAAGCUGGCAUCAAGAUGCAGCUCUCUUGGCUCGCCUCAUUAAAGAGCAUAAAGGAGAUAUCGUCAUAUAUACCGGUGCUGGAAUCAGCACAUCUGCUAGUAUUCCUGAUUACAGGGGAACGAAUGGUUUAUGGACUAUGCAAACUAGUCGAGUGACCAAUAAUAAUUCAGUUCUUGAUUUCAAAAGAAGUGAUGAAGCAGGAUGUGAUCAGAUAACCAAAAGACAGGUAUAAUGCAGGAUUCCUGACCGCUCAUCUUUGUGGUAGGGUAAAAUAUCCAAUGGUAAACCAUCCCUUAAGUCCUCAAAGUCAAGAAAAUCUACCCCGCUAAAACUGAGACUUCCAGAAGCUACAACUGCAAAACCAACAUUCACUCAUAUGGCUAUCAAAGUUCUUGUGGAUGAAGGAUAUGUACGUAACAGAGAUUUUAUAUAUAUACUAAUAUCAUUUCAUAAACCUACUUUGAAGUAUUUCUGUGGGCUGAUUUAAGUCUUCCUUGGUAGAAAGUGGUAUCUUCUCGCGUUAUAAAAGUUAAUUCACACAAACUUAGGAAGUGAAUUGUUUAGUAAUACAUCGACUCUAGAGAGAUGCGUAAACUAACCGCUGUCAUUUGCUUUCUUUCUUGCAAAGCCAGUCACUCGGAUGGUGUGGCGUAUACUAGACUUUUUGGAAAAGCCACGGUAGAAAUUAACUGUUCUCCAACUAGAGAUGUUGUAUAAAUAGAUAAUUCAAUAAUCUCUUUAAUAUACUUUGACUUACCUAUAUUUGGUCCAUUUGGGUGUCCAUAGAAGUAAUCUUACAGGCAUAACACUAUUCAGGUAAGCCUUUGAAGAAAAUACUUAUAUGUACCAAUAACCUAUUUUCAUAUUUGCUUUAUGUGAUAUUGAUUUUAGUAAUUACUUUAACUAACAAGGCCAUUCGUUUUGUGCACAAUCUUAGGUUCGACAUGUAGUUUCUCAAAAUGUUGAUGGUUUACAUAUGCGAAGUGGUUUAAAACGUGAGAAACUGUCAGAACUGCAUGGCAAUUUAUUUAUUGAACAAUGUAUCGCUUGUUCACACAGUGUCUUCCGAAGCUUUGAUGUCGCUGAGACUACUUCCCGUUCACACCACUUUACUGGACGUAUAUGUCCUCGCUGCCGCAGUUUACACCCUUUCGAGAGUUCAAUCGCCAGUAAUGUACUACGACAAACAGCCGAACAGUUUGCAACGUCAAAGUACAAAACAAAUGUAUCUAUUGAAAACUUAAUGUUAAGUUAUCGACAUGCUGCAAGAAAGUUAGCCAAAUCAUUUGAAAGUAUACGUCGUAAAGCGAUGCAGCAACAUUUAAAUAGUACACAAAAUUCAUCUGUUGUAAGUAAUUCCGAAAUUCUCACAAAUGCACCUUUGUUAAGAGAUGUUGUUGUACAUUUUUUUGAACGCCAACCGGAAAUGGGACUAGCGGAAAUUUAUCGUAUUCAAUCAGCUAUAGAAGCUGUACAUGGUCGUAAAUCACUGAAAGAUGCUGUAACAUCGACUUCAAAAGACUGUAAACUGUUGAAUCGUGGUUGCAAACGUCCCAAUGAUGAGUCAAUAAAAUAUCUUAUAGGAUCUCCAUGGUUUAAAAGAAUGCGUCCUGCAAUGAAGACAGAAUGUGAAGGUGUUUCUAAAUCCACAGGUACAGAUGAUACACCGUCCCUGUCCUCUGAUCCGUUGGAAACACCCGCUAAAUUGAUAAUUGUCAUUGGUUCAUCUCUGACUGUUUUACGAAAUUAUUCAUUUUUGUGGCCUUAUGGUCUUGGUCGAUGCGAUCAGAAGGGAUUGUGUAAGAAACUUCAAAAGAAACCAGCACCUUCCGAUCAAGAAGCAGAAUCGACUCCAAUUGCGAAUGCUAUUGAAAAUUGUCGCCUAGUUAUUAUUAAUUUACAGCCUACCUGUAAAGAUGGAGUCGCUGACUUAGUUCUUCGUGUUCCUUGUGAUGAAUUAUUUCGUGCUGUUAUGUUAGACCACUUGGAAAUAGAUGUUCCUCAAUAUGAUUCCAAAACUGACCCUCUCUAUUCUAUCGCUGUAUCUCUAUCUCCCGAAGAGGAAUGUACCCGUACUCGUCCAGACAUUUCUUUUAAUUCCAUAUGAUGUCUCAUUUUUAAAACAAAGAAGUUUUAUUUUGAUAUAUCUCACACACACACACACACACAAUGUGCUCACAAGAUUUCGGUGGAUUUGAUUGUACAUUUCUAAAACCCUCUUUAUAAUUUGCAGUUUAUACUUCAUUUAAUGCGAAGCGGCGUUCAACAUCUCUGUAAAUGAUGAAUUGCAUUUAUAAUAAUAGUAGUUUUUCUUUUCUAGUAAAACUUCACUGUGUUAUGCUGGGGUGUAUUUUUUGUUGAUCGAAUACUUAAUUCAUAUGUAAACAACAAAAUAAGCAUU